CUCGUCCAUGAGGCGGAGCAUCAACUUUGUCCUAAAACUUCCAACUUCCAGCAAGGAAGCAGCCCCCGGGAUAAAGGCUUUGUUAUGGACAGUGAGUAGAUAAAUUGGAAUAUUAACGGUAAAAGACUCAGAAAUACCGAGCUUCGUUUCUGCUUGGCUGGAGGGCUCAGCGUGAGGAGCCGAAAAGGAGGGGGGAACGAACGCCGAACGGUUGGUGGUGGGGGUGAGGAGACAGACGAACGGAGAGAGAGGAUCGAGGGACUUCUGAGGGCCAUGAAUGUGCUGGAGGCUUGACAUCCUGGCAGCAAGCUGUUAGUGCAGCAUGGUGGUCAACAUCUAAGCCUGAGCCCCCGCUGGGUAGAAAGCAUCUUGAAGCAGCUGAGUCACCUGUCCCUCUCUUAGUGGGGUCUCUGUGAGGCCCAUGCACCCCGGGUGCAGCAUCCAGCCCUUGCGGCAAGCAUGCUUUGCCCCCAGUGUUGAACACUGUGGCAGUGACGCAUCAUGACAAGCCUGAAGCGUUCGCAGACCGAGAGGAGUGUGGGCGGCUCAGUCCUUGCCACCAACGAGUUUCACACCCGUCACCUGCGCCUGCCUAAUGGUGGAGCACCACCCCCACGCAGUGAGAGUGUCCACCUGCCCACAGGGGGCAUGCCAGGGGUUCCCAAAAUGGGAGUCCGAGCCCGAGUGGCUGACUGGCCCCCCAGGAAGGAAGGUGCUGGAGUGUGGCAUGUCACAGUGGAGUCUGAGUCCCCUGGCACAUCCAUUAGCGGGUCCACAAUCCUGUCUACUAAGCUGGGCCACAUGAUCAGCCCACAGGAUUCCUCCAUGCUGCGCAACAUCCAUAACACCCUGAAAAGCAAAACACAAGGGAACAGCAGUAUGAGCAGUGAUGGCCAUUUCUUAUCCCCUGAUGACUACAGAAGCUCGCCACGCAAGGGCACCCGGCGCAUCCGACAGCGCAGCAACAGCGACAUCACCAUCAGUGAACUUGACGGCAAUGGGGAUGGUGCUGAGGACUGGAACCCCUCUGGCUACAAAUGGUCACCCAUCCACCGGGAGUAUGGUAGCACUUCGUCCAUCGACAAGCAUGGUGCUGCUGGGGAGAGUUUCUUUGACAUGCUGAAGGGCUACCAGGGUGACAAGCCUGACCAGCGCAGCCCAGCACCUGAAAAGCUUGUUGACCUUUUGGCUGUUAGUCAUAAACAGACAGGGUUUGAUGCACCCGAUGGACCUGUGGUAGCCCACCGGGGGAGCCCCUCCAGCCGACUGAAAGACAAGCCCUUAAAGAGGCGGUCCAAGUCGGAGACUGGAGGAGAUUCUAUUUUCCGGAAGCUUCGCAGCGUAAAGGCUGAAGGCGAUGCCUCGCGGGCUGGGUCUGAUGCUGAGGAUGGCAAGUCAGAGGAUGGUGGCACCCUACCAAAGCCAUGGACCUGCCAAAAAGGCUUUGCUCACUACGAUGUCCAGAGCAUCUUGUUUGACUUGAACGAGGUGGUACAUAGUAGGCAGACAGCUGCCAAACGGAAGAACACCACCACGGGUGCAUCAGCAGCCGCUGCUGCUUCUGCCUCUUCUUCACUCUCCUCCACCCACAGUGGGGGUUAUAGUUCCCCCUGCGGCAGCCAGGAGGAGCUCAGUGCAAAGGACAGCCCCAGCCUAGAUGUGGGUGAUGACAAGAGCAAUGAUAUGGUUCUCAGCUGUCCGUGCUUCCGCAAUGAGAUUGGCGGUGAGGGUGAACGCAGGAUCAGCAUGUCGAAACUGGGUAGCAUUGGCAGUGGGGGCUCCACAGCAGCUCCAGAAGACAACCCCUUUGAGUCAUCCCUGAGCUCACACUGUACUAAUGCUGGUGUUGCUGUGCUGGAGGUGCCCAAGGAUAGCCAGGGCCUGCACAACGAGCGAGGCAAGCGCUACAUCGUGGAGCAUGUGGACCUGGGUGCUUACUACUAUAGAAAGUACUUCUACGUUAGAGAGCACUGGAACUACUUUGGUGUGGAUGAGUCCUUGGGUCCAGUGGCUGUGAGCCUUCGUAGGGAAAAGUUGGAGGACCACAAGGAGCAUGGCCCACAGUAUAACUACCGGGUCAUCUUCCGAACCAGUGAGCUGACCACACUUCGGGGCUCCAUCCUGGAGGAUGCCGUGCCUUCCACUGCCAAGCACGGUACAGCCCGUGGCCUCCCCCUCAAGGAGGUGCUGGAGUACCUGGUGCCAGAGCUGAACACCCAGUGCCUGCGGCUGGCCCUCAAUACACCCAAGGUCACUGAGCAGCUGAUGAAGUUGGAUGAGCAGGGGCUCAGCUUCCAACUCAAGGUUGGGGUCAUGUACUGCCAGGCAGGCCAGAGCAGCGAGGAGGAGAUGUACAACAAUGAGGCUGCAGGCUCUGCCCUGGAGGAGUUCCUGGAACUGCUGGGGGAGCGGGUGCGGCUCAAGGGCUUCACAAAGUACCGUGCCCAGCUGGACACCAAGACGGAUUCCACCGGGACCCACUCCUUGUAUACCACGUACAAGGACUAUGAGAUUAUGUUCCAUGUGUCCACCCUGUUGCCCUACACACCCAACAACAAACAGCAGUUGCUGAGGAAACGUCACAUUGGGAAUGACAUCGUGACCAUCGUGUUCCAGGAGCCAGGUGCUCGCCCCUUUUCGCCCAAGAAUAUCCGCUCACAUUUCCAACAUGUGUUUGUUGUGGUGCGCGUUCACAACCCUUGCUCUGAAAACACCUGCUACAGUGUGGCUGUUGCUCGUUCCCGAGACGUGCCACCAUUUGGACCCCCAAUCCCCAAAGAUGUAACCUUCCCAAAGUCCACCGUGUUCCGGGAUUUCCUGCUGGCCAAGGUAAUAAACGCUGAGAACGCAGCACACAAGUCUGAGAAGUUCCGGGCCAUGGCAACGCGCACAAGGCAGGAGUACCUGCGUGAUCUUGCAGAGCGCCAUGUGACAAGCACACCCAUUGACCCCUCGGGCAAGUUCCCAUUCAUCUCGCUGGCACACAAACGGAGAGAGAAGAGCAAGCCAUACUCUGGUGCUGAGCUUCGCAGCCCUGGUGCCAUUACCUGGAUUGUGCAUGCUGAGGACCUCAGUGCUGGCGGAGAACUUGAGGGCCUGCUGGCCAUCUCCAACGAAUAUCUUGUCCUGCUUGACACGGAGGCCAAGUCCGUAGUAUUCAACUGCUCGGUUCGCGAUGUGAUUGGCUGGACACUGGGAAGCCCCGCCUCCAUGAAAAUCUUCUACGAGCGUGGAGAGAGUGUAUCUCUACGCUCUGUCAACAACAACACAGAGGACUUCCGGGAGGUUGUCAAACGCCUGGAGUUCCUGACAAAGGGCUGCGAAACCACUGAGAUGACCCUGCGGAGGAAUGGCCUGGGUCAGCUGGGUUUUCACGUCAACUACGAGGGCAUUGUGGCUGAAGUGGAGCCUUACGGCUAUGCCUGGCAGGCAGGACUGCGCCAGGGGAGCCGCCUGGUUGAGAUCUGCAAGGUCGCAGUGGCCACACUUUCUCAUGAACAGAUGAUCGACCUGCUUCGCACCUCUGUCACCGUCAAGGUGGUGAUCAUCCCCCCACACGAGGACUCUACCCCUCGCAGGGGCUGCUCUGAGAUGUAUCGCAUGCCAGUGGUCAGUACCGAGGGUGUCCCUUUAGAAUUCAAGUUCCCCCUUCGCAACAACAAGUGGCAGCGUACCUGCUCCAGUCCCCAGCAGUCCCUGUCUGCCUCCCCCCAGAGCCACGGGGGCACACCCAAUCGUGCUGUCAGCCUUGGGGGCAGCAUUGGAAAGGGGGCAACCAGCGAGCGCUCUGAGAGGGCAGCCAUUAUCCCCCGCAGUGUUUCUAGUGAUGGCCGUCCCCUCGAUCCUAAACGGUUUUCUCCGGGUUCUGACAACUACGCACUGACGUCCUCUAUUGCAAUGGGCCGCUCGCCACACAGCCGCAACUCUCCCAGCAGCCUUUCUUACUCCAGUGACACAGGCUCUGGAGGCUCUGCCCACUGGCGCCAGAAGUCCAUGCCUGAAGGGUUUGUUGUCAGCAGACACUCUCCACUCUCAGCGGACAGGCAGAGCAUUGGAGAGGCAGGCAGCACUGGCAAGUCCACACCCAGCUGGCAGAGGAUGGAGGAGGUGGGCGGGGCAGCGGGCGGAGCUGACAGAGUGGCAGCAGAAUCCCUGUCAGCCAAGCCCCAUUCUGGGGUGCCACGCAUCCAGCGGCAGGAGCAGGUAGUUCAACUGUCCCCCAACAAAAACAGUCAGACAGAGCCGCCAUAUUCCAGCCACUCCAGCAGUAACACACUUUCCAGCAAUGCCUCCAGUGGGGCCCACAGCGAUGAGAAGUGGUAUGAAAUUGGAGGUGGUGUUGGUGAACGCCCAGACUCAGAGGUUAACGGCUUUGGUGGCGGUUACCUGCAGGGGACGUCAGCCGACAGCGGCAUUGAUGCUGCCUCCUACGGACUGACACACAGCAGCUCAAGCUCUCUGCUGGUCAGCAAUGCUUCCGGGUGCCGGGAGAAAGCCGUAUCUCCCUGGCACAGCCCCACAGAGGGAGGCUGCCAAGCGCUAGUGCGUUCCCCUCCAACCACCGAAUCCCCUGUGCCACCAGCAAGUGCCGAGGGUUCUGCAAAGAGCCUCUGUACCUACCCAUUGGUGAGGGACAGCAGCUCCUACAACCUGAGCGACGUGGCCUCCCAUUCCAGCAGUCUGAGCUCCAGACACUCAACAAGCCCAGGGGUCCUGGGCUCCAGCCAAAGCUCCCCUCGGGAUGAGUUGGCCUCAGCCACAUCACCCACCUCCUCUUCUCAGACCUCACUCUCACCUGGACCCAAGAGCUUCUACCCACGGCAAGGUGCCACCAGCAAGUACCUGAUUGGCUGGAGGAAGCCAGGCAGCACCAUCAACUCAGUGGGCUUUGGAGACACACGCAAACUGGCUCUCUGGCACAGGCGUCACCAGAGUGAGGGCCCAGACCCCGUGCAGCCCCAGCUGCGAGCCACUGUCAGGGAGUUGCAGUCGCCCCAGCGCAUGGCCAAGUCCACCGUGGAGGAGGACCUAAAGAAGCUCAUUGCCCUGGACAGCCCACCACCCACCAGUUGUGAGCGCAAGCCCUCCUCCUCCAGCUCUGCCCCUGGACGGCGUUCACUGCAUCGCACUCUGUCGGAUGAGAGUAUUUACAGUGGCCAGCGUGACCCAUCCUUUGGCUUGGAGCCAGCAGGAUCUGGCGACGUAUUCUUUGGCUGUUCCACUGUGCCGCGCUCGCCCACGGUUCGUGGGGCUCCUCUUCGUCGACCCUCCUACAUGCUGGGUGUCAAGUUGCAUGGUGACCUGUCUGCUUCAGACACCUCCCUGUCAGACCUGCAGGACCGCAAAAGGCCUCAAUUUCAGGACCCGGGGCUUAUGCCACUUCCAAACCCAGAUGCUGACACUGGGCUAGACUGGUCACACCUGGUGGAUGCUGCCAAGGCCUUUGAGGUCCAGAGGGCCUCAUUAUUUGCUGCUAGAGAUGUGAACCACCGGUCCGAGGGCAUUGCCUCCAGCCCCCCGCAUUCUGAGCCUCAGGUGGCCCUACAGGCCCAUCUUUCCUCCAGUGAGACUCCAGCCACCCUGGCAGGAAAGAUCAGUCAGCUGGAGUCCAUGGUGAAGCUCCUGCAGGAGGACUUGAAGAAGGAGAAGGAGGACAAGGCCAUGCUGCAAGUCCAGAUUCAGAGCCUACGGGAGGACAAUCAGCGGCUGCAGGAGGAGUCCCAGAGUGCCUCGGCCAAGCUGAAGAAGUUUACAGAGUGGGUCUUCAACACCAUUGACAUGAACUGAUGGAUGAGGAGGAGGAAGAGCAGCCCACUGUCCUUCAGCACUGCAGCCCCACAGCCUGCUAUCCCUGCAAGGGACCCUGCAUGCCUGAAGACAGUCCAAAUGAACCUGGGCACUGGAGAACUUCUGCUUAAGCCUUUGUCCCUUCACGUAACCCAGAGGUUAAAUGCACUGCCAGUGUGCUGUUCUCCAAAGAAAUUUCCUUUUUUUUCUGUCCCCAGAAUUUGAAGCUUAUUUUUAAAUAUUUUUUUGGGUUUUGUUGGGUUCUUUUUCUUUACGGGACCUCCAUUCUCCUUGCAUUGACCUCAGAGGCAUUUUGGGUGGGAUCUCUCAUUUGACUCCGCCCCAACCGGAGAGACCGGUGGAGGGAAACUGUGUGUUUUGCGUGUUUUUCUCCUCCUAGGUCACACCGCUAUGAUACUGCUAAGACAAGUGGCGAGCUCUCUGGGUGUAAUGGCCUUUUUCUCAGAAGAGAGCAACGGUAAAGACCAUCCUUCCACAUCCAGAUGGGCUGACACUAGCUGAACAAUUUCCAUCACAACCACAUAGCCCAGCCUGUGUUUGGACGUGUUUGCUUGGCCAGGGCCGUGACCUUUGGUCAAGACUGUGCCACAAACUUGCAGUGGCUGAGCAGACAACAGUUCUGUUGAACAGUUCAGUUCUGGAUGCCAUGGGUUGGAGCAGCUCUUGACUGCAUUCCAUGUUGCUUCCACAUUCCAGGAAAUUUUAUUCCAUUUACUGUGGGGGAAAAAUCAGAAAACAGAGGUCAUGCCAUGACAUGACCUAUUUCAUUAACUAAGCAUCUUUAAAAGCAAUAGAAGGGGGGUUGUUUUAGAUUUUCUCAAAAGGGUAUUUUUGAGGACUUGUUAAAUUUCUGCUUGGGCCAGUUUUCAUAACGCAUCACUUCGAAUAAAGCAAUCUGAAACAACUGGAUGGAAGUGUUUUAGCUGUGAUGCGUUAGUUAACAUUGAAUUUCCCUUAUUUUUAUCACGAAUGUUGAUUUAAAAUUUCUGGGAAAAGAUUGUUUGCAAUUUCAUAACAAGUCCUGGUUUAUUUAUUUUCUGUAUUGUAGAUACUUUAUGCGGAUGGCAUAAAUUUUUGUAUAGUUAUAGGGGUCAUUUCUAUGACCAGCCAGUCAUGUAGAGUUUGUGAUAAAACCACCUGGAACAUCUGAGACCAGCAAAGUCUUCAUGUAGCUGCAGAGCCCUCUAGUGGUUGUGGGGGACCAUGUCCCUAAAUUCAGACCUUUGACUCACAGGACGACAUGUGUCUUCCAGGGAAAUAGUAGUACUGGAAGAAAGAGUACUAUUUGUGUCUCUUUCUUCCAUGUACUCAACUUUUGGAUGAAUUUAAAGAAAUGAAAUAACGUAGCUACUGGUUUUACAGAUACAUGUGUGUCUGCUGCCAUCUGAGGCUGUUGCUAUGGAAACCUUUUGUGGUAUCCAUCUUGAUUUAAGAUAUGUAUACCAAGGAUCUGUGUGUACCGUGCACGAUGUCCAGCCCUUGUUCAUGGUAAUCUGACACAGACCAAUGUUACUGGCCUCAUGAAAGUGGGUGAUUAGCAGCAGCUAAUCUUUGUGUUGCCUGUGAAGGGUGAGUGUGGGUGGGUUUCAGAAGCAGUGCAACUUUUUCUAUGGCUACACAAAAGCAUCCGUGUGGUGUCAUGGCUGAUGCCUCUGCUUCCACGUGGAGCUCAUCCUGCCUGUGUUUUCUGUUUCUUUCCAAACCACCCGGAAGUAACGCAGCUCUCCUGUCCCACGGCUCACUUUUGGUUUGGUGGAGCGUAGGGCUCCUGGCAUGAGGAUGUGUUGACAUGGAGCGGAGUGUGAAUGUACACAGUUGGAUGGGUUCAACACAUGACCAACAGCUGAAGGAUAUUUCUCAUGGAGAUUCCACUCUGACAGUCAGCUGAGGAGAGGUUUGGGAAUUGGUUCUGUUCUAGGAAUCAUGGGAGACCCAAUGGCCCUUUCCUUGUUUUUCAUACUUGCUUCAUGCCACCGGGCUUCACAAACAUGUCCACUGGUGUGGUUUUCCCUCCCCCCUCCUCCCAUUGGCUAACAAGCAUGUAACAUGUAUUUAAUAGAUGUUAGUGGUAAUUUUAUUUCUACACAGCUUUGUUUCUCUGAUCUUCCUAAUGCCAUUGACUAAUCUAUUUUGUCCAAAUGCAGGCAUUCACCAUCAUACUUACUGUUUUGCUUAAUGAGAAGAUGAGACUAUUUGAAAUGUGAAUAAUUUAGUUUGCUCUGCUUUUUCUUUGCACAUUUUUGUUUGUGUACAGAUGAUUGCUGAGGGUUGUAAGAGGAAUGAAGACCCUGAGAGCUACAUUUUGGCUUCUCAGGGUUUCAUUUAAAGUGGCAUUAGUGCUAAAUGAGUGGUAUUUCAUCUCAUCCAGGACUUGACUACACUUUAAUUCUGUGUGCUUCUACAAAUUCCGCUUGGAAUUUUCCUUUGUUCUCCACUUCAGAUUCUUUUACAUGCACAUUUAAGACAAUAUAAUUAACAAAUUGCUGUUUACAUAUUUUGUAAAAUGUAGAUGUUAACAGGCAGUACAUUUGCAGUGAUCACAGUAUUGAAGUGUCUUCAAAAUAAACUCAAGCAGUAAUGAGGUGCUGUGAUUUUUACGUGAUUGACAUGCAAGGUCUUUGGCCCCCUUUGACAAAUCUUUGUCUGUGCUUGCUGACCGAGCCAAUAAACCAGUUUAUACACCA